AUGUCGGAAAACGGCUCGCUUGCGGGCUCGCCUGCAGCGAUAGACCCUCCCGUUAACGAUGGGCAGGAGAAGGAAUUCGAAGAGGAGGUUGCAGCUGCGGAGUCUGACAGGGACUCCGACAUGCUGUCCGAAAUCGACGAAGAUCAGUUUGAAGACUACGAUCCUGAGACGGCCAACAUUGAAGACCGACCCGUUGACAUUGAUGAAGAUGUUGCUCGAACGCUCAAGGUAUCGAAACGAAAACGAAUAGAAGGACAGCCCAAGAAGCCUCGAGAAGGUCGACGUGAAAAGAAGAGACGCGACCGUGACACCGAUGUCGCAAUGGAGGAUGCAUCUGAUGGGGACCAGGAGCGCAAGCCUCGACGCCGAAGAGCUGCGGCCGAGGGCGACCGGGCUUCUGGGGCAGCUCGAACUAAGCAGACGUCGCCGGCGGCAGAAGAUGAUGAAAAUCUCUCGCCAGAAGAGCGGCGAAAGCGUGCCAUUGACAGGGCACUUGAUGCGGCCAUCAAGAAGGGCGGGUCAUCAUCUACGAGACGACGGAAGAAGGAUGAAAUCGACCUGGAAGACGAAAUCGACGAACAGUUGGCCGAUCUGAAAGUGCAGAUGGAGAAGGCCUGUUUGGCUGACAACGAGGCCCGACGCGUCGGGCAGCCGGCGCUGCACAAGCUCAAGCUUCUGCCGCAGGUGAACGCAAUUCUGAACCGAAACAACGUUCAACACGCAGUGUUGGACCCCGAUACCAACUUUUUGCUGCAUGUCAAGUACUUUUUGGAACCUCUGAGCGACGGCUCUCUGCCAGCGUACAACAUCCAGCGCGAUCUGUUCACGGCGCUUACCAAGCUCAACAUCGAGAAGGAGACGCUGCGCAGCAGUGGGAUUGGAAAGAUUGUUCUAUUUUACACCAAGAGCAAAAAGCCAGAGGCGAGCAUCAAGAGGAUGGCAGAGAGGCUGCUGGGCGAAUGGAGCCGCCCUAUUUUGAAGAGGACGGAUGAUUACAAGAAGCGCCAUGUCGAAACGCGCGAAUUUGACUACCAUGCGGCCAAACUACAGCAGCGCCAAAAGGCUGGCUCACAGUUCAGUCUCACACAGCGGCCGGCGCAGUCGGCUGCCGAAGUUGAGAAGGAGAGGCUGCUGGCGCCUUCGCGGGCGAACAACGAAGCACGCAUGGCCAGCCUGCCGUCUAGCUAUACCAUUGCGCCAAUGAGCACCUUUGAUGGCAACCGGGCCAAUGAUCACCGACCUCUGGGUGCGAGCGGCAUGGAAGCAUUCCGCAAGAUGACACAGAAGAGCAAGAAGCGGGCAUAG